GACGUCACUCACCGACGCGCCUUGUACAAGCGCGCAGCUCAACAACCAGCACUGGCCGAGCUCUUCAGCUGAUGCAGAAAGGCAACUGUUGAAUGCUGAACGCAUAAACUCAUGGACGACAAGUCACACGAAGUACCUGCACCAGAACGAAUGAAAACGACAAAGCUGCCAGUCCUGCGCGGCAAUAUCGGAAAUGAUGAUAUACAGCGACACAGUACGUCUAUUGAUGCGAGCCUUGAAGAUGUUGCUCAUGCGACAUUAUUGUUGGUAUGUGGCCUAGCUGGUAAGCAAGAGGGCGACAGAUUUAAUGCCAUCAUCGGCAGGGGUCAUGCCUUUAUUGGCUUGACACCGUCAGGAGAGCAGGAGAUAAUCGGAGCGGAGACUCAAGCAGGAGACGUUCUGUUACAUACAGCCUCAGCAGAGGUGGAUCUCGACAACCAUGCUGCGGUGCUUUACCUUGCUGAUAGCGAACUGAAUCUGGCUUGCAGCUCGCUUUACUUCACCGAGACUUCUGCUGCAACCUGGCUGAAACAACUCGUCGAUUUGAUCAGUGGAACCUCGCUCGUCAACAAUGAGAAAGCAAUUCUGAAUUCAAAAGGCUUCUCGAGCGACUUACUUCUGCAUGAGCUUUUCACAAGGCACAGAGACAGCUCUACUACUGCCGUGUCAUUCACCAGAGACAUCGAGGCAAAGCCAGUCGAAUUGAGCUAUGCUCAGCUGCAUCGUCUCUCCAACCAAGUUGCAAGCUCGCUUUCUGCUCAAGGCCUGUACGGCAGCGUUAUUCCAGUACUUCUUCCACAGUCGUUAGAGCUUUACGUUGCUCUGCUUGGCAUUCUCAAGUCGGGCAACAUUUACUGUUCGAUGCUCCCGGACACCCCAGCAGACCGCAUUGCUUUCGUUUGUCAGGAUGUCAAGGCCACCUGUGCUUUCGCCUCUGCUGACAGUCUUCCUAGCGAUGUUAAACACAUGUCAGUCUCCCUCGACAGACAGGCAGACUAUGAUGCGCCUAAAAUUGUUCCGGAAGCAAUCGCCUAUGUCAUGUACACGUCUGGCUCAACUGGUCAACCCAAAGCAGUUCAAAUCACCCAUCGCAAUGCAAGCACCUCUAUUCUGGCUCAUGACUUCAUCUUUGAGGACACUCAGUUCGCCAAGGGCGAUCACUUCUUGCAAUUCGCCAAUACGACAUUCGACAUCUCCAUAUUCGAAAUAUUCUCAUGUUGGGCCCGCGAUAUGACGCUUAUAGCUGCCCAUCGACCACUCUUGCUCUCAGACUUGCCAAGAUUAUUGGACAAGCGUCAAAUCAACUAUCUCGAAUUGACGCCAUCCGUUGCCGGGCUCUUGCCACGGCAGGAUGAUCCUCGUUUUAGCACAGUCAAGGCGUUUCUGUCUAUCGGCGAAAUGCUGACGGCACAAGUGCUUGACAACUGGGCAGGCAAGCUCUACAAUGCAUAUGGACCAACUGAAGCGACAUUGCAUGCGACUGUGAAGCAAAUGAACACGACCGCUACACUGCCAUCAAACAUUGGUGUUCCCCUCAGAUCCUGCUCUAUUGCAAUUUUGGACCCACAGUCUAAGGACGUCUUGCCCUUCGGCUGGCUGGGCGAGCUCUGUAUCGGAGGCCCACAAGUCGCACGCGGCUAUCUCAACCGGCCAGAUUUGACCUCAGCAGCCUUCAUUGCUCAUGAUUUAUGUGAUGGGAUGUUGUAUCGUACAGGUGACUUGGCACGAAUCGUCGAUGGCGAAUGUUUCUUUGUCGGUCGCAAACAAGGAGAUGACCAGGUCAAAAUCAACGGUCAACGAAUUGAAUUAGGCGAAAUUGCUUGUGCGAUUGAGCGAAUGGAUGGUGCUCGUCGGUGUGCUGUCAUCAAGCAUGAAAACCAGCUUUUUGCGUUUGUUGUUGGUCAAGCCGGCUUCCAACUUGCCGGUCGACUACCUCGGGAUCUCAAGCCAAUUUUAAUGAUGAUUGAGGAUUUGCCCACUUCCUCUUCAGGUAAAUUGGACAAUAAGAAGCUGAAAGCAAUGGCAGAAGACUACAAGAAGAACAAUCGACAAUCAGAUGAAGGCGACAUGAGCGAAGCAGAAACGCUUGUUUCUCAAGCUGUUCUCGAUGUUGUGGGCACUACUGUAGCAAGUGAUCGCAGCUUGGCUCAAUAUGGUGUCGACUCUCUUGGAGCCAUCAAAAUUGUCAUGGCUUUGCAGCGAAAUGGACAAUCUUGCUCAGUCUUUGAUGUGCUCGAUGCCGAUACAAUUUCUGGCAUUGCGCAACGAUUGAGCCUAACUGAAGGACAAGCUCAAGGCCAAGACCAUAACAAGCGGGAGCUCGGAACUGAUGUGCUUGUUGCACUGCAAAAACGAUUUGUUGGCUGCACCUUUGCACCCUGCUCUCCGAUUCAGGAGGCGAUGCUCGCCGGAAAUUUGUCAGACCCAGCAGGGCAGCUCUAUUACAAUCCCAUCUUGCUCCAGCUACCCAUUGAUGACUUUGAAGCCUUUAGCAAAGCAUGGACGGCAUUGGUCGCACGGCACUCUAUUUUGAGAACAGGAUUCACUCCUUCAGAUGAUCCGGCUUUUGAAUUUGUGCAAGUUAUCCAUCCAGCUUCCUAUGAGCCUCUGGUCGACAAAUCAGACGAGUCAAUUGAAGUGGCUGUUGGCACACACAAGGCUCGGAAGCUGCCCGCAGAUAUGGCGCAGCCGCCGCUUCAUGCGCUUGUGCUUCACGAUCAUGUGAGCAUCAUGCUACAUCACGCGCUCUACGACGCAUGGUCUCUGGAAUUGCUAUUGCAUGAUUUGCAGCGUCUUUUAGCAAACAAGUCUCUCGAGGACGCGCCGCAGUACGCUGAUGUCCAACGGCAAGUAUCCUCAAAGCCUUUGUCAGCAGCCACGGCCUACUGGGCGCAAGAACUGCAAGCAUACAAUUGCCCUCCCCUGCCAAUUCUUGCGCAAUGCGAGCCAGAGGAAAAUGAGACUUUGACGACAUCCAGUCUCUCGCAAAUGUCACUGUUGAGCCUGGAUGAGAAGUGUGCAAUCGCUGGCAUCAGUCCUCAAGCUAUCGGGCAGCUUGCUUGGUCUCUGCUAUUAGAAUGGUACACUGGUGAAUCUUCCUGCUUUGCAAUCACGACAUCAGGUAGAACACUGCCUGUUGAAGGCAUCGAGAGAACGGUUGGCCCUUUCAUCAACACGUACCCUUGUAUGCUCCAGGUUGGCUCAGACGAAACCAUUGGAGCUGCAUUGUCAUCUAUUAGCAGGGGCAACAAGCUGCUCAGUCAACACAGCCUGCCGUAUCGUGACAUACUCAAGCUAUCCAAGACGCGAAAGCAUCCAGAGUCCCUCUUUAUCUACCAAAAGACGGGCGCCGAUAUCGACAAACUUGAUAUCAAAGUGUUGGAGCAAGGGGACAGACUGGAAUUCAAGAUUCUUCUGACGAUGGAUCGAUCACCAGACGGAUUGCAUUUGCGAAUUUCUGCACGUCCAGGUCUCGUAGCCCCGAAAGCUGCAAAGCAACUGUUGCAACAAUUUGAUCAUCUCCUUGGUGUCAUUUUGAAUGACACGUUGGCGAAAGUGUCAAUUUUGAAGAAUAUGCCUGGCGAUCUCAGCUCCAUCACCAACAUUUGUCCCGUUUCUGCAGUCACUGGCCGCUUGGAUGCGUCUUUCGCCGACAUAGCAGAUCGCCAGCCCGACAAGAUUGCUCUAGAGUUCUACGAUGCCCUGGAUCACUCGACCAAGUUGACUUACAGACAACUUGAUCAAGCUGCCUGCAAGCUUGCCAAUGUUUUACAAAGGCAAGUCUUGUGUGAAGAAGCGAUUGCUAUAUGCCUGGACAAAUCGAUUGAAAUGUACGCAGCCAUGAUUGCUAUUCACAAACUUGGCUGUCCUUAUCUGGCUCUAGACCCAGCACUUCCAGACGAAAGGCUCAAAAUUGUUUUGGAAGUGACGUGUACUAAACAUGUUAUGACCUCGUCCUCUUAUGCAACUCGCUUCUCAGAUGUGCAUGCGGUUGAUGUCAACCAAGUCCUACAGUCUGGAGGCAAAGAUGAAUUUGAGCCUGUUCGCGAGGGUCAAUUGGCGUAUGUCCUCAUGACAAGUGGUACAACGGGCGUACCAAAGGGUUGCGCCGUCACCCACAGCAACGUCCUCAGUAACAUCAGUGUCCUCUCAAACAUUUAUCCUCACGCAGUCGCUGAUCGCAUCAUGCAAUUCACAUCAUAUUCGUUCGAUGUCUCUGUCUUUGAGAUCUGGUUUGCAUGGCUGAACGGUCUAUGCCUCGUAUCUGCCAAUAGAGAUCUCAUGCUGACUGACCUCACUGCUGCUCUCAACGCAUUCAAGGUCACUCAUGUUGAUAUGACACCGAUGGCGGCCACGCUCGUAAAGGCAGCAGAAUUGCCACUGGUCAAGUGCUUCAUUCUGACAGGUGAGGCGAUUUCACGCUCAAUCAUUCAUGAUUGGGGUGCUUCAAAACGCUGCUACAACGCCUAUGGACCGACCGAGGCGACCAAUGUUUGUACCGUGAAGCAGCUCACUACUUCAAAAGAUUACACUUCAAGUAUCGGUCCAGUUCUGCCCAACACCUCAGGCUUUGUGCUGGACGAACAACUGAGACCUGUUCCUCGCUUUGCCCAAGGAGAGCUUUGGGUCGGUGGUGCUCAGAUCAUUCGUGGAUAUGUCAACAAUUUUGAACGCACAUCCCAGAGCUUCGUCCAACAUCCACAGUUUGGCAGAAUUUACAAAACAGGCGAUGUUGUCCGCAUGCUUGAUGAUAAUUCUAUCUCGUUCUUGGGUCGAAAAGACUCACAGGUCAAGGUCAGAGGCUUUCGUAUUGAACUGGAUGAGGUAACUCAUGCAUUGAGAAGACACUGCAAGGUCAAAGAUGCCGCUACUAUUGUUCAUGACGCAGCCCUCGUCUCAUUUGUCAAACUUGGGGCGACUGACAGUCAUGAUACAGUCGUCGCCGAGAUCUUUGAUCGGGUAAAGCAGAUUUUGCCGGCAUAUAUGGUUCCAGCCAUGAUUCUACCUUUGGACAAGAUUCCUCAUACAUCUUCCUACAAGCUCGAUACUCGAAGCCUGCAGCAGCGAUUGGCAGAUAUUCCGGAUCGCCAACGCUUUGCAGAUUCGAAGACUUCGGAUGCGCACGCUUCUUGGACAGAAUCAGCACGGAGCAUUGCUCAAGUGUUCUCGCGUGUGUCAGGCGUGCCAAUUGCAGACAUCUCGCCAGAUACAUCACUUCACAAACUUGGUAUGGACAGUAUUUCGGCCAUCAAAGUUGCCACCAUCAUCAAGCGAGAGGGUCACGGCGAAAUAACCGUUUCCGAUAUUAUGAUUCACCAGUCUCCAUGGCAAAUUGGCAGCAUCCUCAGCCAUGCAUCCGAGGCAGAGUCACAUGAAUCGUCGGAGAUCCCUGAAGCAAUGACGGACCGGGUUUUGGAAGACCUAUCCCUCAGUUCAGCGCAGGUAUCGCACAUAUUGCCCUGUACGCCAUUGCAAGAAGGACUUCUCUUGGAGACACUGAAGUCAGAUUCGGUACAUUACGUCAAUCAUCAGAUUCUGGUAUUGCAAGAUGGUAUCGACUCUCAUCGGUUAAAGCAGGCUUGUCAAGAUCUCGUCCAACACACGCCAAUAUUGCGAACUUGUUUCGGCUUCACAGCCUCGUCGGCAUUCCCGUGCGUACAAGUAUGCCUUCAAAAGACCGACAUAGAUUGGACUAGCUCUUCCGCCGAGGAUGCAUUCGAACAGCACAUCCGGAGGACGCAAUCCAUCCUUGACCUGUCCCGUCCGCCCCUAGCUUUCCUCGAGCAACAAGGACAAGUUCACCGUCUUGUCAUAUCACUGCAUCAUGCUUUAUUUGACGGCUGGUCGAUGUCACUGAUGCUCGAGGACCUGUCGCGAUGGUAUGCCGGGCAUGCGAUACCCAAUCGGCCCAGGCUCGCUGACGCGAUGAGACGAAUCAAAAGAGCAGCCGAGCCUGCAACUGAGCGCUAUUGGGAGAUGGAACUUGCCCAAUAUGAAUUGACGCCAUUUCCUUGCCUUUCGGAUACGAACGAAAACAUCCAGUCAAUCACCGAACACCAAUUUUCACUUUCUUUGUCAGUUCUUGAUCAGAGAUCAAGGGCAACCUCGACGCCAAUCUUGGCCAUGCUACAGGCCGCCUGGGCCAUUCUUCUGAAGAAUUUGAGCGGCAGCGACGACAUUUGCUUUGCCAAUGUAGUCUCUGGCAGGACCAUGGCAGUCGAUAAUCUCGAGGAAUUGGUCGCUCCUCUCUUUAACGUGCUUCCCCUCAGGACUCGCUUCAGUUCCCAAGAAUCAAUCGCAUCUCUUCUUGGACAACUGCAAAAAGCAAAUCUUGAACAUCUCAAGGCUCCUCAUUAUUCUUUGCGUCGUAUCGCAAGAUCCGCUGGCACGGUCGGCUCAAAGAUGUUUGACACAAUUCUUAUCCUUCAAAAGCCUGUCCACUUCGAGGAGACUCAGCUCUACAAAGCCCUUGAUGACAAAGGAGACAGCAAUUAUGCUCUCAUGAUGGAAAUUGUUCCACACACAAAAUUAGACACAAUCAACCUCAGAUUGACUGCUUGCAACAACAUUGUCUCUCCAAGCGUGGCACAAGAACUUGCGGUUCACUUUGAACGAUUGGUUGACGUAAUCUCCGAGGGAAACGCUAGCUCACCUGUCACUGGACUUUUCCAGGGCCCGCUAGCGCUGACUGUUCGUGUGCCUACUGGAAAACCAACGGAAGAAUUGCUCUAUCAUGCGUUCCUGGCCAAUUGCCAUGGGCAACCGUCUUCAAUUGCACUCGAAUUCUUGCACGAUUCUGGGAGAAUCGAGUCACUUACCUACGGCACGCUUCGUGAUCGCGUGUUCGCUAUCUCAUGGCAUUUGCAGCGUCUGAAGCUCGGGAGGUCUGCUCCAGUUGUCGUCAUGAUGGACAAAUCUCCGGAAAUGUACAUUGCAUUCUUGGCGAUCUUGCAUGCAGGUCUUGUGUAUGUCCCACUAGAUGUACAGACACCCUCUGAGAGGCUUGAAUAUAUUCUCGCCGAACUUUGUCCUGCUCUUAUUCUGACAAAUGGCGACCAAGCCGCUGACAGCGCUGAUAAGGUGGGUGGGUGUCCAAAGCGCACAUUGAAUGACUGGCACCGCGAGGUUCAACACCAGGUACAUCCAGCUCGAUUGAGCUCGAGCGACCUUGCAUAUAUUAUCUACACCUCUGGCUCGACUGGACGACCUAAAGCGGUCAUGGUAGAACACAAGGCAGCCGUGGCGACAAUCAAGUCUUCAAAGCCUAUUCUAUGGGCAACAUCUCAAGCUCGCUGGCUACAAUUCGCCGCUAGCACUUUCGACAUGUCCAUCUAUGACAUGUCUGUUGCAUUCUCGCUCGGCUUGACGUUGUGCGCAGCCUCUAAAAGUCUGCUGUUAGAAGACUUGACCAGCGUCAUCAACAAACUUGAAGCAACUCAUGUGGAUCUCACACCAUCCGUGGCCAAAACAAUUCGGCGUGCUGAUGUUCCUUGUGUCAAAAUGCUCUUCUGUAUCGGAGAGAGUUUGGCACAAAGCAUUAUAGCAGAGUGGCAAGAUUUGUGUCUCAAUACAUAUGGGCCAACUGAAGCUGCGAUGGUUUGUUCUUCGCAUCAUGUCUGCAGUACGAGCUUGGCUCACAACAUUGGCCACACCUUUGCUCAUGCUCGAUUAGGAAUCUUCGCCGUCGAUGCUGUCGGACCGAUGACAACGUUGAACCUUGGCGAGCUUUGUAUCGCCGGGCCGCAGCUCAGUCGUGGUUACUUGAAAGACGCAGACAAAACGUCGCAAGCCUUUUUCACUUACGAAGGGGAGCGCUUCUAUCGGACUGGUGAUCUGUGCCGCAUGCUUCCAGAUAAACAAAUCCUCUUCAGUGGUCGCAAAGACAACCAGACAAAGCUCCGGGGUCAGCGUAUCGAGCUGGACGAAAUUUCGUCCGUGUUGCUGCAAAUUACGAAAGUCAAAGCUGCUGCAGCUAUUGUUGCGACCACAACCGAGGGGGUCGAACAACUAGUUGCCUUCAUCUCUGCAGUACCAAGUUCUUCGCAGGCAUCGUUGAACGCUGCUCUAUGCGACAGCAUUGCAGAUGUCGGAAGCAUUCUACAGGAUCUUGAAAAAAAGCUGCCGACAUACAUGAUUCCUACACGGAUUGAGUCACUUAAUUUUCUGCCCCUAGGCAAUGCUGGGAAACUCGACACGCGCAAGCUGCAGGCACUUUUUCUUGAAGCUUCGGCACGGGAUGUGCACGGAGUUCUAGACUCAAGAUCCUUUUCCGAGUCUGAACUUGUCAUUCGACAAGUCAUGGCACAGGUCAGCGGAGUUGAAGAGUCAAGGAUUGAAAGAUCUAGUUCCAUCUAUCAGCUCGGUCUAGACAGCCUCGCAGCUAUCCAGAUUGUAUCGGUCUUGAAGAAGAAGGGUAAACACAUCGAUGUCGUGGAUAUCCUUCAAAACCCCACUACAGAAAAAAUGGCAAAGAAACUGGACAUUGCAACGCGAUCAUCAGCCAAUUUGACGGUUGACGACAAGCCUUACAACCAGCUUUGUGACAUCAUCAUGCAAGAGCGCCCGGAUAGUGUUAUUGCAGUCCCUUGUACGCCAGUUCAAGAUAAUAUGAUCGCACAAUUUGUUCGCUCCGAUGGAUCUAGCUACUACAACCAUAUACUCUUUGGUCUGGAAAGUUCUCUUUCUGUAAAUGAUUUACUGAAAGCUUGGACUCAUGUUGCUAGCCACUAUGACAUUCUGAGGGCAUCGAUUGUCGCUGUCGGCAAGCGAGAUUGUCAGUAUGCACUGGUAGUCCCAGAGGAGAUGCACGAUUUUUGGACAGACACCGAAACGACUAAUGUUAAAGUAUCAGUAAAACAAGUCAUUGAUGAGCUACAGCAGGAGCUGUUGCACAAUCUGAGCACCCCAUCCUUUAGGCUUCACUUAUUCCGGAGUCAAUCGGAAGGUAAUUCACUUUUGUUCAGUGCGCACCAUGCAUUGUUCGAUGGCAACUCGCUCUCGAAGUUUCUCGUCGCGGUACAAAACGUGUUACGUGAUAAAUCAAUUCCAGAAGUUCCGCCCAUGAGCUCGUCUGCUAAAAGGCUUUGGCAGCUGUACCACGGAGAGUAUGCUGAGUCAAGCGCAACUUACUGGCAAGCUCAUUUGCAGGGCAAAUCGGCAAACCCCUUCCCAAAUUUAAGCAACUGCCAAGUCGAGCCGCAGUCACUCGUUACUAAGCGCAAGUUUAGUGUCCAAUCACUACAAAGCGAACGUCAAAGCCAGGGCAUCUCGCUCGCAAGCCUGUGUAUGGCAGCCUGGGCUAAGAUUCUUUCUGCAUAUACGGGCGAAUCUCAAGUCAGCUUUGGUGUGGUGCUGUCAGGCAGACUUGGGCUCGAUCUGGAGGAUGCGCUAUAUCCGUGCAUUUCAACCCUGCCAUUCUCAACCGUAAUCCAGGGGAGCGCGACUGACACCUUGAAAACGUUUGCUGAUUUAUAUUCAUCUGCCUUAGCGCGGCAACACCUUGCUCUGAGUAAGGUCUCAAAAGAGGGGGCUCAAUUAUUUGACACUAUUUUUGUCUACCAGCAAAACCCGGAUGAGAGUUGUUUAAGUUGCGACUUCUGGACACUCAAGCAAGACUUUGCCAAAGUCGAAGUGCCGAUCUCCCUGGAGGUGAUUCCAGACAGAACGGACGCGAAUCUUGAGCUCGUAUUAACCCAUUCCUCAAAAGUUCCUUCACAGCACGCAAAGAUUCUUCUGCGGCAGAUGGAAGCAAUUUUGGGGGCAAUACUUAAGCAUCCAGAGAGCAGAAUGCUUGAUCUUGAGUCACACGUGGAUCUUCAAUUACUGUCGGUAAUACCUCCUCAGAUUCCCGAAUUCCCUACGGAAGUAUCGUUCCUACAUGAGUACGUUGAAAAAUAUGCGCGAGAAACACCCGAGGCGUGUGCUUUGGAGUUUGUUUCUCAAUUGUCAGAGAAGAGCCAAAUCUGGUCAUACAAGGCACUGAAUGAGGAAGCCAAUCGUCUCGCUUGGCACUUAGUCGGUGGAAAGAUGCCUAAGAAGCCUAUCGCAGUAUGUUUCGACAAGACACCCGACGCAUUCAUUGCCAUUCUUGCAAUCCUCAAGACCGGAUCACCGUUUUGUUGUCUCGACCCUACUGCUCCAAUUGAACGUCGCAAGUUCAUUGUAGAGAAUUCGGAGAGCGUGUUUGUGCUUUGUGGUUCAUCCUAUCGAGAAGAAUUGAGUGCAGCAGUCUCGGUACAAGUUCUGACUCUGCCGAUCGACCUCCAGAAAUUUGCAACAGACAAUCUUGACUCGCAGCGGAUGAAUAUGUCCCAGAAUGACUUGUCCUAUGUGCUGUACACAAGCGGCUCUACAGGAACGCCAAAGGGUUGCUGUCUCAGCCACAAAAGCAUCGUCCAGGCUCUAUAUUCUUUCAGGUACGAGUUCUGCGGUCAGUUUGACACCAGCAGCCGCUUUUUGGCUUUUGCUGGCCUUCAUUUCGAUGUGUCCAUUCUCGAGCAGUACUUCAGCUGGUCUAUUGGAGCUAGAUUGUGUGCCGCUCCAAAAGAUGUCAUGCUUUCUGACAUACCCGGUACCAUUCAAAGAUUUGGUAUCACUCAUAUCGACUUGACGCCGCAGCUUGCGAUGACCUUGCUUCCAGAAGAAGCGCCGUCGCUCAGAGUGUUCAUUACUGGUGGAGAAAUGUUGAAGAGUGAAGUUGUCGAGAAUUGGGGCGACAAAGAUGUUCUUUUCAAUUUCUACGGACCAACGGAAGCGACAAUCGGCUGUACAGCUCUCAAACAAGUUCGUAAGGGCGCCAGACCAUCAAACAUUGGCCAGCAGUGGAAAAAUUGUGGUUCUAUCGUUCAAGCAGUGCUUGGCGAACCUAAACCAGCACUACGAGGUGGACUCGGAGAUCUCUUCAUCAGUGGUGUGCAAGUAGGAGAGGGCUACAUGAACUUACCCGAGGUAACAAGGAAGCGUUUUGUUUUCAACGAACUUCUCAAUGACAAAACAUACCAGACGGGAGAUCUCGUUCGCUUGCUCGAGAUUGACGCAUCCUUUGAUUUUGUCGGACGAGCCGAUCAGCAGGUCAAACUGCGUGGCCAACGCAUUGAGACGGGAGAAAUUGAUUCCGUGAUCAAGAAGGCGCAUACAAAUAUCAAAGCUGCUGUCACGGUCGUGCUGAAACAUCAGAGUCAGCCAAAAGAGCACCUAGUCACAUGGAUCGAGUAUGAGGGCUCUGAGAGCGCCUCAUCGAUUACCGUGAUUGAUGAACAGCUUGACCGUAACAUCCUUUUCGACGCUGCCCAGAGCCUCCUUCCUGUUUACAUGGUGCCUACCUACAUCAUUCCGGUCAACCGCAUCAAGUUGACAGCGACUAACAAAGUGGACCAGAAAGAACUUGUCAGGGUGUAUAAUGAAGUGCCUGGCAAGGCGCUCCCUACCUUUGCAAUGAGGCACAGGGCCGGCAAGAGCAAGGCUUCGGUAAAAGUGCUAAAUCAAGUCAGAGGUAUCCUCAAAGGAAUGACAGACCUGGAGGAAGCCCAAAUCACAGACAAUUCUUCCAUCUUCGAACUAGGUCUAGAUUCUGUAUCUGUCGUUGGGCUUGCUCGCAGUUUGAAACAAGCUGGACUUUUAGAGGCUUCGGUCGCUCUGGUCAUGAAAGCCAAGACGGUUCAGAAUAUAGCCAGUGCGUUGUCUGGUAGGUCUGAAUUCAAGACAACUGGAAGCGCUGUACAAUCGUUUGGCCACCGUCACACUCAGACUGCUGCGAAUCUUCUCAAUCUAGGCAUUUGCGAUAUCGAGAUGGUCGUCCCAUGCACCCCGUUGGUGGAAGGCCUCCUGGUCGAAAGCAUGAAUGCGGAAACGAAGCUGCACUUCAACAAGUUCGUGAUUGGUACUGAGCAUCCAUUAGACAUUCCACGCGCACAGAAAACGUUCGACUCUCUGGUUGCGCAGGUAUCUGUGCUUCGGACAAGAUUUUGUCUUGUCUCUGACGGCAUUGCUCAAGUCGUUCUUGCCGAUAAUUCUGUCGGAGCCUUCAGUGACCAGAAAUUCCCGCUUGGAUGCAAGCUUUGUCAACUUGACGAGGUCGACGGCCGCCUGAUUCUUUCCAUUCAUCAUGCGCUGUACGAUGGCCACUCGCUUCAGCUGAUUAUCAAACACUUCCAGCGUCUAUACGAACGGCCCGAAUUACAGCUGGCGCUCCCCGCCAUAUCCCCAGUCAUCGAGGAGAUUUUAUCAAUCGACCUGGAACGGGCGAAAGGAUUUUGGACUGAGCAACUGCAGUCUGCGCAAGCUGCGAGAUUCAACCGCGGCAGAGAGUGCGCUUCUACGGAAAACUCGCUCAUUUCAAAAACUUCCCCCCACGAUCUGCAGACCUACUGUAAGGCCAACAAAUGCACAACCAUUUCAAUCUUCCAGGCCGCUUGGGCUUUGAUCCUCCGUAGGCUUCUUGGACAGGACGCAGUCUUCGGUCUAGUCGUGUCUGGGCGAAAUUUGACUGUGGAUGGCGUGGACGAUGUUGUGUACCCGACGUUCAAUACGUUACCGAUGUUUGUCAACACUGAUGGAGAUCCUACGGAUGUCGUGGAACGAUCUCAAGAGCUCUUUUCGAGGGCGACAGCCCAUGAGCAUACUCCGCAGCGCUUCAUAAAAAAAGCUCUUGGCAUCCCAUCCGAUGCUCCGCUGAUGGAUUCCAUUCUGGUCCUGCAGCACGGAGGACACCAGCACGGAAGCUGGUCAAUGACGAGUCAGGCAGACGAUUCAUCUGGCUUUGCUAUUGCCCUAGAUGUCACCAUCACCACUGACAACGUAAGGAUGCUCUCCAAGACCACGGGGAUCUCACUGGCGGCAAAAGAAGUGCUCGUUGCCGUUGACGAGGUCCUCUGCCAGUUGCUUGCAGAUACACGCAUCCAGGUCAAUUUGCAAAGACUAGACUCAACCAGCAUUGCCGUUGCGCCGGAAAGCGAGGCACUGCAGAGAACGUUGGGCUCCAAUACCCUUACUGGAUUUGCCCAAACUAUUCUGUCUGAUGUUGCAGACCUUCUCGAUGUUGCGGACGGGGAGGUGGGGCUCGAUCAAUCCUUUUUCGCUCUUGGUCUAGAUUCAAUCGAUAUGGUCAAGCUCUCUGCUCGCCUGAAGCAUCAUCAGCUGAACGCAUCUGUUGGAACUCUGAUGGCCAAUGCCUCCGUUUCAAAGCUUGCCGCUUUUGUAAGCAGGUCGCAAGAAGAAUUUAUUGGGAAUGCUCCCACGGAUUGGAGAAUCAUGUUUAGAGACCUUGAUGACUCUGACGUGGAAGCUAUCCUGCCAAUCUCGCCGAUCCAGCAGGGAAUGCUGACAGAGGACAUUGCACAAGGAAGUCUGCAGUAUUUGAAUCACUCGCUAUUCAAACUGGCAUCCAAUAUUGAUGUCGACAGGCUCGUUCAAGCUUGGGAACAAGUGAUACAUUCAAAUCCAAUUCUGCGGACGACGUUUCAUCCUGUGGCGCACGAGACGCACAGCUUUCGGUUCGUGCAAUGUGUUCAUGCGCCAGAAAAACUGCACAUCGAAAGAUCUCAAAUAGAUGAUGUGGUCAAAGCAUUCGAACAAUACCAACGGAAAGUCAGUUCCAGUGUCGAUACGGCGGUGUCACCUCCUCUUGCAUUCGAAAUCUUUGAUCAAGACAAGCAAAGCUACUUGGCUGUCUCUGUCCAUCACGCGCUCUAUGACGGCAUCUCGCUCGAUAUGACUUACUUAGACGUUCAAGAAGCCUACAGAUCGGGAGCUACUGUCAGUGACAGACCACCAUAUCGAUUACUCAUUGAGCACGUUUUCAGGCAAUCGGUGGCAUCUGCAGACUUCUUCUGGGCCAGUUAUUUGCGUGGCAGUGUGCCACGCUUGGCCAAAAAGGCGCUUGAUCCGACCAAGGCUAGCAAAAUUCGAAAGCGAUCAAAUGUCAAGAACCAGGACCUCAAACGGGUUGCUCGAGAUCUUGGAGUUUCGCUCCAGUCAGUCAUUCAGUCUUGCUUUGCCAAGGCAUUGAUGCAGCGCCAAAACCAGGCAGAUGUUAUUUUUGGAACUAUACAGGCUGGGCGUUCCUUUGCAGCAGAUGCUGAUCGCAUCAAUGGGCCGUGCAUGAAUACUGUCCCCUUGCGUGCCAUGGUCUCGCCAGAGACUACCAUUGGAGACUUGACUUACGACAUGCAUUUGGCAAAUAUUGAGAUGGUACCUUACAUUCAUGCGUCUCUUCGGCGCAUUCAAAAGCUGGCUGGUAAGGGCCCAUUGUUUGACAGCCUCUUGGUUAUUCAGAAUGUACCAGAGAUUCGCACCAGCUUUGACCUAUGGACGCCUGUGAUGGAUGACUCUUCGGUAGAAUUCCCGCUUGCAGUCGAAUGCGAGGUUGGUAAGAAUAUUGAAUGGACGCUAGCAUGCCAUGAAGGCUUUCUUGAAGAUCCCGCGCAACUGCUCGAAGCUUUGGAUGUGCUGCUCGCCGAGACCAUCAAAGAUACAUCCAGUCUUGUCGCAAAACCACAUUGGUUCAAUGCAUCUGAUCGUCAGCAAACCAAAAGUCGAGAAUUGGACCCCCAGGAACAAGAAAUUGCUUUGGCCAUCGCAGAGGUCGCCAAAGUCGCCCUCGGGGAUGUAUCCAGCGACACCUCUAUCUUCAGUCUUGGUCUGGACUCCAUCAGUGCCGUGGAGCUAUCGAAGAAGCUGCGCAAGAAGAACAUUGCAAUCUCUGUGGGUAACAUACUGAGAAAUCCAAGUGUGCGCGAGAUGAAAGGCCUCCAGCAUUUAGAUCAGAAGAAAGUCAAGCGUAAGGCAGAAGGCUUUGUGGUCUUACAAGCUUCGCAGCUGGCGAGCAUUGCGAAGCAACUUGACUGCCAAGGACACAACAUUCAACGCGUUCUUCCAUGCACAGCAACACAAGCUUAUUUUUUCGCCGCCUGGGCAAAGCUUAGUGGUCGGCGAUACAUGUCGAAUUUUGCAUUCAAAGUGCUCGGGAACACGGAUGCGAUAUCUCGCCGGUGGGAGCAGCUUGUACAGCGAUUUGGACUCUUUCGCACCGCGUUCGCUGUCGUCGAUGGCAACUUGUGCCAAGUGGUUCUAUCUCACGAGGUAAGUGUUCAGCCUGUUUUCAGAACUUUCGAUUGUCCAAUGCAGGAGGCAUUGGCACGCUAUUACGCCUCGGAUGAUUUCGUCUCUCCUGAUUUGAAACGAUGUCCUGCAUUGUUCACCUUUAUCGAAGCCAGUGGUUCUACCACACUCCUAUUAGCGCUACAUCACGUGCUUUACGAUGCCUACAGCAUUGCCCUUGUACUUAAAGCCCUUCAAGAGGAUGAUCUCGAUAUCAUUGCCUACGACGAAUUUGCGACCGAAUAUGGCCACCCAGCAGAUGAUUGUCUUGAUUUCUGGAGGACUUACCUUCGCGAAGUGAAGCCUUUCACCUUGACGCCGCAGAACACAUCUUUUGUCGGAUCCGUGCUUGAAUCUAUUGGAGUGCGAUCCCCUCAUUUGAAUCAGCUUGACUACUUUUCUCCGCCCUUUGCGUCUACUCAAUUGCAGAACAAAGCUCAAAGACUGGGCGUCACCUCGCAAAGUUUGAUCACGGCAGCUAUCGCUCAAGCACUUGGCCAACAAGAAAGGAAAAACGAAGUCGUGCUUGGACUGUACGUUGCAGGCCGUAGCUUGGAUAUUGACAACAUCGAUCGUCUUUGCGGCCCAACAGUCAACAUUUUGCCAGUUCGGCUUGAUCUGACAGAUACCAACCUGCCGGCCAAGGUGCACCAAGACUUGAUUCAAAUGAACGGUGCAGCUCAGCAAACUAGUAUCGCCCAGAUACAUCAUGCUAUCGGAUCAAGCAGUCCAGGCGGAUUGAUCGAUGUCGCUGUCAAUGUCUUGCCAAGAGGUUCAGCUGGUCCUGAGAACGGAACCAGCUGUGGGGCUCUUGAGAACUUUGGGCGGUUGCCGGACGAAUGUAUUGCAAGCAUUCGGAAAUGCUACAGUACUGCGUUUGACAAACAUUAUGCUCGAUUUGAGCAGCUAGACUCACACAACAAAAAUUGCGUCAAUCCUGCGGUCGACAUUGAAGUUGAAUAUGCAUCGGAUGGCAAGAGUCUUUGCUUUGGUGUUUUCUGCACAGAAGCGAUGUAUUCCACUUCGCAAGCUAGCGAGCUUAUCGACAAGAUCUGGGCGUUAGCCACAGCGUAGAGAAGUACGCGUUUUGUAAAUAAUGUACCAUCGCAGUUAAUAUAAUGUAAUUCUACAAGUGCU